AUGUUGGCCUCAAAUUUCACCGCACGCCGCUCGCUGUGCGUUGCGGCGCGGCGAAAUGCCUCGAGCGCGAGUGCGGCCUUGUUUAACCGCGAGCCUGCGGCACCGCGGAUACGCACCACUUCGCUCCCUGGCCCGGAAGCUCAGGCUGCCGUCAGCCAGCUCGACCGCGUCUUCGACACGCGCAGCUUGAACAUGCUUGUCGACUACGAUCAGUGCUGCGGCAACUACCUCGCCGAUGUGGACGGAAAUGUCUUCCUCGACGUCUUCUCGCAGAUCGCCUCCAUCCCCAUCGGCUACAAUAACCCUGCUCUCGCUCGCACCGCCUCCUCUCCCUCCAUGGUCAGCGCCCUCAUCAACCGGCCCGCGCUUGGCAAUUUCCCCUCCCGUGACUGGGCCGAGAUCCUCUCCACUGGGCUCUUGCGUGCCGCGCCGCAAGGCUUGGAUCAAGUCUUUACCGCAAUGGCCGGCUCCGAUGCAAACGAAACAGCAUACAAGGCCGCCUUCAUGUGGCGCCGUGCACAAGAGCGUGGCUCGGCUGACUUCACUGACGCUGAGCUGAGCUCCGUCAUGCUUAAUCAAGCCCCCGGCUCGCCGAACUACUCGAUACUGUCCUUCAGCUCUGGCUUCCACGGCCGCCUGUUCGGCAGUCUGUCGACGACACGGAGCAAGGCGAUACACAAGCUGGAUAUUCCUGCCUUUGACUGGCCUGUCGCCCCCUUCCCGAAGCUGCGCUACCCCCUCGAAGCGCAUCAGGCAGAGAAUGAGGCAGAGGAGCACAGGUGCCUGCGUGAAACGGAGAAGAUCAUCGAUCAGUUCCGUAAUCCUGUCGCGGCAGUGGUCAUUGAGCCCAUCCAGUCAGAGGGCGGAGAUAAUCACGCAAGCCCAGCUUUCUUCCGUGGCUUGCGAGAAUUGACGAAGCGCAAGGGCGUCUUGAUGAUUGUCGACGAGGUUCAGACUGGUGUGGGUGCGACUGGGAAGCUCUGGGCUCACGAGCACUGGGGUCUCACAUCUCCACCAGAUAUGGUCACCUUCUCCAAGAAGGCCCAAGCUGCAGGCUUCUACUAUGGCGAUGCCAGUUUGAGGCCGAACAAGCCAUACAGGCAGUUCAACACUUGGAUGGGAGACCCCGCGCGAGCGUUGAUCUUCCGCACCAUUCUGGAAGAAAUUGAACGGCUUCGCUUGGUCGACAACACUUCGUCCGUGGGUGGUUAUCUUUAUAGCCGGCUCGACAGCCUUUCUCGCCAAUUCCCCGAUGAGAUCCAGAAUCUGCGCGGCAAGGAUCGCGGCACCUUCAUUGCUUGGGACAGCCCGCGCAGGGAUGCGAUUAUCAAGACCGCUAAGUCAAAGGGUGUCAAUAUGGGAGGCAGUGGCGAGAGAACCAUAAGAUUGAGGCCCAUGCUUAUCUUUCAGAAACAUCACGCCGACAUCCUACUCGAUACACUCGAACAGAUAUUCAAAAGCGCCUGA